CUAAAUCACUUUCAAAAUGGGAAAGAUCACCAUUGUCUAUGCCCCAGAUGCCAAUGCCUCCUCUUCUGUACCAAGACAGAAACCAGCUGCCGAAGAUGUUGGUGGUAGACCUGUGGAUGUCACACGAGAGAGCCCUGAUGCUUAUCUGAAAAUUCUUGAGCCGAAAAAAGGCAAGGGGCGUAUGCAAUUCAACCCUCAUAUACCGAAAACCCUCACUCCGAAAGGUUACGCCAAAAUGAAGCUGUUGUCGAACCUCGCUAGCAAGCAACAUGAAACAUUGGUUCGUCGACUCAAACGUGAAGGGACUGUGUGGGAGGACCCAGAUUUUCCAGCUGAUGACAGCUCAGUCGGAAUGUCAAAACUCCGUGGAAAGUUGGAAUGGAAGAGACCAAAGGAUAUCAAUCCCAGGGCAGAAUUCUUCGUCGGGGGUGCGAGCCGUUUCGACAUUGAACAGGGCGAAUGCGGUGACUGUUGGUUACUGGCUGUGGUUUCCUCGAUUUCGAGCUAUCCGGCUUUGUUCCAGCAAGUCGUUCCUCCUGAUCAGCCAAUGAGAGGUGAAGAUUACGUUGGCGUAUUUCGAAUGCGAUUCUGGCAGUUUGGCCAAUGGGUGGAGGUAUUAGUGGACGAUCGCCUACCAGUCUACAGAGGGACAACACGCUUAGCCUUCAUGCACUCGGCUGACGACAAUGAGUUUUGGUCAGCAUUGUUAGAAAAGGCAUAUGCAAAAGUCAAUGGCUGCUAUGAGAACCUGUCAGGUGGGACACAGAGUGAGGCCAUGGAAGAUCUGACUGGCGGCAUAUGUGAAACCAUUGAGCUUAGCCCACAAAAACGUCCCAAGGACUUGGUGAAGCAGAUGAUGAUUUACGUCAAUCGAUGUUGUUUGAUGGGCUGUUCCGUGGACUCGCAAAUCAUUGAGGCCAAACUUGACAACGGCUUGAUUGCGGGCCAUGCGUACAGCGUGACUGGGAUGCAGCAAGUUCAUUACCGCGGAAACCCAACCUACCUUGUCAGAUGCCGUAACCCGUGGGGUGGGAAGUACGAAUGGAAAGGUGCGUGGUCAGAUAAAUCGCCCGAGUGGGGAGGUAUCAGUGCCCAGGAAAAGCAGAUACUCGAUUUGAAGUUCCGGGAUGAUGGCGAAUUCUGGAUGUCCUACGACGACUUUGUCACCUGCUUUUCACGUCUGGAGGUUUGCCAUCUUGGUCUGGAAAGUUUAGAGUACGAUCAAGAUUACCGUGGGAAACGCCGGCUUGAUGAAGCCAUCUUCUCCGGUCAUUGGGAGAAAAAUGUCAAUGCGGGUGGCUGUAUGAAUUAUCGAAAUACUUAUUGGACCAACCCACAGUUCCGUAUCGCUGUAGUUGAUCCUGAUCCGGACGAUGAUGAACAAAAAGCCACCAUUAUUAUUGGUCUCAUGCAGCGUGAUGUCCGCAAAAAAAGCGGUGCUCAGUUCUUCCCUAUCGGUUUUACUCUGUAUCAGGUUCCCCAAGACCAAGAAUCAUUGCUCACACGGGCGCAGUUACUUUCCAAGUCACCGUGCGGUCGAUCUUCGUUUAUCAAUACACGAGAAGUCUGUGCGCAUUUUUCGCUUUUACCCGGAGCAUAUGUGAUUGUUCCGAGUACAUUUGAGCCAAACCAGGAUGUCGAAUUCAUCCUUCGAGUGGUCUCACAGGUGGCCGUGCCGAAUAAAGAACUUGAUGACGGCAACGUGAAUUUGGACAUUCCAGAGGAUGUCAUGGAGGCUGUGAGAUUGGAGAACGAAAUCCUGCAAGAAGACGAGGAAAUUAAGGAGAAAUUUGAACAACUGUGUGAUAAGAAGACAGCGUCCAUUAAUGCAACUGAUCUACAAAAGUUGCUCAACGGGAGCAGUCUGCAAGAUAUGCCAGGAUUUGAGGGAUUCAACCGAGAAAUGUGCCGUAGUAUGGUUGCCGCUGUUGAUCACAACUUGACUGGCCGCGUGGAGUUCUCUGAAUUCAUGGAUUUGUGGCAACACGCAAAGGGAUGGAAGAACGUAUUCCUGAAACACGAUGUGGAUAGAAGUGGGAAAUUCCAAGCUGAGGAAUUCCGAGAGGCACUUAGAUCUUGUGGGUACACUGUAAGCAACAAGUUUUUCAACGCUUUGGUUCACCGCUACCAAGACCCCGACACCGAAGUGAUGCGAUUCGAAGACUUCAUGCUUUGCGUUAUCCGUUUGAAGAAUGUGUUUGAAACAUCCGCGGCCCAACCAAAAACCUAUGAAGGAGCUCCUAUGUUCACCACGGAUGACUAUCUCCGUUGCAGCGUAUACACCUAAGAACACUUUCCAGAAGAUGGAUAAGUGGUUUCGACCUUGGCUGUGUUGGUGCAUCGCAUGAUGUGUGCAACAAAUUAAUAGCGCCUUACUUCUAUUGCUUACUUCUAGCUUUUUCGACUUUACAGUCCCCUCCACCCAAACUACUUUCGGAGUGUUCUAUGCUUUAUUCUAUUCUUAUUCAUUAAAUGACCAUAACUGACGUAAUAAUAUUUCGAUUUCCAUUG